AUCCAGCUGCAGAAAAUGUAUGGGAGGAUCACAUCCCCAGACUUCCCAAACAUGUACCCCAACAGCAAGGAGAGAACCUGGAAUAUCAGCGUCCCCAAGGGAUACACCAUCCGGAUCUACUUCACCCACUUUAACAUGGAGCUGUCCUACCUGUGUGAAUAUGAUUACGUGAAGAUCAGCUCCGGCGGGAAGCUGGUGGCCACACUGUGUGGACGCGAGAGCACAGACACCGAGGAGGCUCCGGGCAACAGAACGUACCACUCCAUUGACAACACCCUUACUGUGACGUUCCGAUCUGAUUACUCCAACGAGAACCUGUUCACUGGCUUCGAGGCCUUCUACGCAGCUGAAGAUGUUGAUGAGUGUGAGCUGCUGAUUGACGACGAACCGCUUUGUGACCAUCACUGUCAUAAUUACUUGGGCGGCUUCUACUGCAGCUGCAGGGUUGGCUACAUCCUCCAUGAAAACAAGAGGACCUGCGCAGCUCAGUGUCAAAACAAUGCUUUUACUAAGAGAUCUGGAGUGAUCACCAGCCCCAAUUAUCCCAAGCCUUAUCCCAAACUCUCCACCUGCAGCUACACUAUCCGGGUGGAAGAUGGCUUCAUGAUCAUCCUGGAAUUUGUGGAAACCUUUAACGUGGAAAGUCACGUGGAAACAGUGUGUCCCUAUGAUGCCCUUAAGAUUAAAACACCCAAAAAGGAAUAUGGCCCGUUCUGUGGGCAGAAUGUACCUCCAAAAAUUGAGACAGGCAGCAACAUUGUGGAUAUUACUUUCACCACCGAUAUCUCCGGAGACCACACUGGUUGGAAGAUCUCAUACACUACAACAGCUUUGCCAUGCCCCAGUCCUAAAGCACCACCCCAUGGUCGCAUCAAUCCAGUGCAAGCAAAAUACAUCCUGAAAGACUACUAUACUCUAUCCUGUGAUACUGGAUAUGUGCUGUUGGAAAAUGAACUGGUUUUGAAGUCUUUUAAAGCAGAAUGUCAGAAGAGCGGUUCCUGGAACAAACCGAUGGCAAAGUGCAUCAUUGUCAACUGUGGUCAACCUGAAGACAUAGACAACGGCACGGUUACUUACAUCACAGGACCAGAGGUGACUACCUACAAAGCUGAGAUUCAGUAUGAAUGCGAGAGCACCUUCUACACUAUGAAAGCAAGUAAUAAUGGUAGAUAUCAGUGUAGUGCUGAUGGAUACUGGAAGAACUCUAAGGGAGAAAAAGUACUGCCAAUCUGUGAGCCAGUUUGUGGAAUACAAACCAGGACAACUCUGGAACGUAUAAUUGGAGGGAAAACAGCAAAGCUUGGACAGUUCCCCUGGCAAGUUAUGCUAAUUGCUGAAGAUGGAAAAGGAGGUGGUGGUGCCCUCUUGUAUGACAACUGGGUUUUAACUGCUGCUCACGUCGUCAUUAGUCAAAUAGACCCAUCAACACUGACAAUCAAAAUGGGAUUUCUGAACAAAAAUUCAGUUCACUACCAACAAGCCUGGGCAGAAGAAAUUUUUGUACAUGAAGGUUACAUCGAUGGCGCCAGUUAUAACAAUGACAUUGCACUGAUUAAACUGAAACAUAAAGUCCCACUUAAUGCAAAUAUUACCCCUAUUUGCUUGCCAAGAAAAGAAGAAGGAUUCCAUGUGAAAACAGAUGAUAUGGGAACUGUAGCUGGCUGGGGAAGAACUGAGAAAAGGAGGCUUUCCCCUCAUCUACUGUAUGUUGAACUGGUAGUUAUUGACAACAGAAAGUGUAAAGAGGCAUUUGCAAAGUUGCCAGCUGGAAAAUCUCUGCUAGUAACAGAAAACAUGUUGUGUGCUGGGGAGGAGGAAGGGGGAAAAGAUUCUUGCCAGGGUGACAGUGGGGGACCAUUAACUUUCUUAGAUAAUCUGACUAAGAAAUGGUUUGUUGGUGGUAUUGUGUCCUGGGGCGUAGACUGUGGGGUUGCUGGCCAAUAUGGGGUAUAUACGAAAGUGACUAACUACAUUUCAUGGAUUGAAAACACCAUUAUGAAAAAUUCUUAAAUAGUCUACUUUAUGUGCAGUAACUAACAAUGAAAAGGGAGUAAAACUAACAUUUUCCCUUUGGGUACAUUAAGGCAUUUAACAGAUUAGAUUCCAGUUUUGUAAUAUUUUUAAAGUUGAUUUAAUAGACUUCAUUUUGUCAAUUAGUACUUUCAGGUGUUAUCUGACCAACUAACCUAAUGAAUUAGUUUUACACUCAAAUCUUAUUUUAAAGUUGCUUUCCAUACCUGUUGCUAGGUGGAAGGCUCAAAUGAUCAAGGGAAACUGUGCAUUUAGCAGGACCUUGUUUAGUUUAUUUACAUUAACUAAAAAAGUAUUACAGAAAACUCAAUCUUAAGUGUUAAAUACUUUCCAUCUGAAAGUUAGUAUUAAAUUGUGUCCAAUUUUGUGGAUCACAAUCCUUUUAAAAAAUACACAUGUAAUAAAACUAUAGUAU